CUCCUGGAUGUAUAAAAAGAGGAGUUCAGAAAGAGGAGUGAGGACAGGAACAGAGCAUCUGCAGAAACCCAACAGACCAAAUCUAUCUAGGAGGAGAGGAACAAGGGACAGCUUUCAAGAUGUCCAGUGACUCCAUCAUGGCGGAGUUUGGGCCUGCGGCUCCCUUCCUGAGGAAGUCAGAGAAGGAGCGCUUAGAAGCCCAGACCCGAGUCUUCGACAUGAAAAAGAACUGUUUUGUGCCUGAUCCUGAGGUGGAGUACGUUAAGGCCCUCAUUACCAGCAGAGAUGGCGACAAAGUCACCGUUGAGACUGAGCUUGGAAAGACUGCCACCCAUAAGGAGGCAGACAUCCACCCUCAGAACCCGCCAAAGUUUGACAAAAUCGAGGACAUGGCGAUGUUCACCUUCCUCCACGAACCUGCUGUGCUGUUUAACCUCAAAGAGCGUUACGCAGCGUGGAUGAUCUACACCUACUCAGGGCUGUUCUGUGUGACUGUCAACCCCUACAAGUGGCUGCCAGUGUACGAUCAGUCAGUGGUCAACGCCUACAGAGGGAAGAAGAGGAGCGAAGCUCCUCCUCACAUCUACUCCAUCUCUGACAACGCCUACCAGUACAUGCUGUCUGACAGAGAAAACCAGUCCAUCCUCAUCACCGGAGAAUCUGGUGCAGGAAAGACUGUGAACACCAAGAGAGUCAUCCAGUACUUUGCCAGCAUCGCAGCUGUUGCUGGCAAGAAGGAUGCCAGUCAGGAGAAGAAGGGCACCCUGGAGGAUCAAAUCAUCCAGGCCAAUCCUGCUCUGGAGGCUUUUGGAAAUGCCAAGACCAUCAGAAACGACAACUCCUCCAGAUUUGGUAAAUUCAUCCGAAUCCACUUUGGAGUCAGUGGAAAGUUGGCUUCUGCUGACAUUGAGACAUAUCUGUUGGAGAAGUCCCGUGUCACCUAUCAGCUCAAGGCUGAGAGAGACUACCACAUCUUCUACCAGAUUCUGUCUCAACAGAAACCAGAACUGCUGGAAAUGCUGUUGAUCACCAACAACCCCUAUGACUACUGCUACAUCUCCCAAGGAGAAACAACCGUCGCCUCCAUCAAUGAUUCAGAAGAACUGAUGGCGACUGAUGAAGCUUUUGAUGUCCUGGGCUUCACCCAGGAGGAGAAGAACGGCAUUUACAAGCUGACAGGUGCCAUCAUGCAUUAUGGAAACAUGAAGUUCAAGCAGAAGCAGAGGGAAGAACAGGCAGAGCCAGACGGCACAGAGGACACUGACAAAGUGGCUUAUCUCAUGGGCCUGAACUCUGCUGACCUCAUCAAGGGACUGUGUCACCCAAGAGUCAAAGUAGGCAAUGAGUGGGUUACCAAAGGUCAAAGUGUGCAGCAGGUGUACUACUCCAUUGGUGCUCUGGCCAAGUCAGUGUAUGAGAAAAUGUUCCUGUGGAUGGUGGUGAGAAUCAACCAAUCCCUGGACACCAAGCAGCCUCGUCAGUACUUCAUUGGUGUGCUGGACAUUGCUGGCUUUGAGAUCUUUGAUUUCAACACCUUUGAGCAGCUGUGCAUCAACUACACGAAUGAGAAGCUGCAGCAGUUCUUCAACCACCACAUGUUUGUGUUGGAGCAAGAAGAGUACAAGAAAGAGGGCAUCGUGUGGGAGUUCAUUGACUUUGGCAUGGACUUGGCAGCCUGCAUUGAACUCAUUGAAAAGCCCAUGGGCAUCAUGUCCAUCCUUGAAGAGGAGUGCAUGUUCCCCAAAGCCAGCGACGCAACCUUUAAAGCCAAACUGUACGACAAUCAUCUGGGUAAAAGUCCCAACUUCCAGAAGCCCAGGGUUGUUAAGGGGAAGCCAGAGGCCCAUUUCUCCCUCGUUCACUACGCUGGUACUGUUGAUUACAACAUCACGAACUGGCUGGAGAAAAACAAGGACCCACUGAAUGAGACGGUGGUUGGACUCUAUCAGAAGUCCACUCUGAAGCUACUCUCUUUGUUGUUUAUGGGUUAUGCUGGUGCAGAGGCAGCCCAGGAUUCAGGAGGCAAAGGAGGAAAGGGAGGAAAGAAGAAGGGUUCUUCCUUCCAGACUGUGUCUGCUCUGCACAGGGAGAAUCUGAAUAAACUGAUGACCAACCUCAGGUCAACUCAUCCUCACUUUGUACGCUGCAUCAUCCCCAAUGAGACGAAGACUCCCGGGGCGAUGGAGAAUCCUCUGGUCAUGCACCAGCUGCGCUGUAACGGCGUGCUGGAGGGCAUCAGGAUCUGCAGGAAGGGAUUCCCCAACAGGGUCCAAUACGGAGACUUUAAACAAAGAUAUCGCAUCCUGAACCCUAAUGCUAUUCCUGAGGGACAGUUCAUCGACAACAAAAAAGCUGCAGAGAAACUUCUGGGCUCGUUGGAUAUCGAUCAUGAGCAGUACAAGCUGGGACACACAAAGGUGUUCUUCAAAGCUGGUCUGCUGGGCGUUCUGGAGGAGAUGAGAGACGAUCGCCUCGCGCUCAUCAUUACUGGAAUCCAAGCAAGAUCCAGAGGGCUACUCGCCAGGAUCGAGUUCCAGAAAAUUGUCGAGCGCAGAGAUGCCUUACUGGUGAUCCAGUGGAAUGUGCGUGCCUUCAUGGGUGUCAAGAACUGGCCCUGGAUGAAGAUGUUCUUUAAGAUCAAACCUCUGCUGAAGUCAGCUGAGACUGAGAAGGAGAUGGCAAACAUGAAAGAGGAGUUCACCAAGCUCAAAGAGGCUUUUUCAAAAUCUGAAGCCCGCAAGAAAGAGCUGGAGGAAAAAAUGGUCACGCUUCUCCAAGAGAAGAAUGACCUGCAGCUCCAAGUCCAAUCCGAGCAAGACAAUCUUUCAGAUGCUGAGGAGCGCUGUGAGGGUCUGAUCAAGAGCAAGAUCCAGCUCGAGGCCAAAACCAAAGAGCUGACAGAGAGGCUGGAGGAUGAAGAGGAGAUGAACGCAGAGCUGACUGCCAAGAAGAGGAAGCUGGAGGACGAGUGUUCAGAGCUCAAGAAGGACAUCGAUGACCUGGAGCUGACUCUGGCUAAAGUGGAAAAGGAAAAGCAUGCCACAGAGAACAAGGUGAAAAACCUGACGGAGGAGAUGGCAGCUUUAGAUGAAAUCAUCUCUAAGCUGACCAAAGAGAAGAAAGCUCUCCAGGAGGCUCAUCAGCAAACACUGGAUGACCUGCAGAGUGAGGAAGACAAAGUCAACACUCUGACCAAGGCCAAAGUCAAGCUGGAGCAGCAAGUGGACGAUCUUGAAGGGUCAUUGGAGCAAGAGAAGAAAGUGAGAAUGGAUCUGGAAAGAGCCAAGAGAAAACUGGAAGGAGACUUGAAGCUCACGCAAGAAAAUGUGAUGGAUCUGGAAAACGAUAAGCAGCAGAUGGAGGAAAAGCUCAAAAAGAAAGAUUUUGAAAUCAGCCAGCACCUCGGUAAAAUAGAGGAUGAACAGGCCAUGAGUGCUCAGCUCCAGAAAAAACUGAAGGAGUUACAGGCUCGUAUUGAAGAGCUGGAGGAAGAGCUGGAGGCAGAGCGAGCUGCCCGAGCCAAGGUGGAGAAGCAGAGAGCCGACUUGGCCCGAGAGCUGGAGGAGAUCAGCGAGAGGCUGGAGGAGGCCGGAGGAGCCACCGCUGCCCAGAUCGAGAUGAACAAGAAGAGGGAGGCAGAGUUCCAGAAGAUGCGCAGAGACCUGGAAGAGGCCACGCUGCAGCACGAAGCCACCGCUGCUACGCUGAGGAAGAAGAACGCAGACAGCGUGGCUGACCUGGGAGAGCAGAUCGACAACCUGCAGAGAGUCAAACAGAAGCUGGAGAAGGAGAAGAGUGAGCUGAGGCUGGAGCUGGACGACGUGGUCUCCAACAUGGAGCAGAUCGUCAAAGUCAAAGCCAACCUGGAGAAAAUGUGCCGCACUCUGGAGGAUCAGAUGAGCGAAUACAAGACGAAAUCAGAGGAGUCCCAGCGUAGCAUCAAUGACUUCACCAUGCAAAAGGCAAAGCUCCAAACGGAAAAUGGCGAGCUGAGCAGGCAGCUGGAGGAGAAAGACUCGUUGGUCUCCCAGCUGACCAGAGGCAAGCUGUCAUACACUCAGCAGGUUGAGGACCUGAAGAGGCAGCUGGAGGAGGAAGUCAAGGCCAAGAAUGCACUCGCCCAUGCGGUGCAGUCUUCUCGCCACGACUGUGAUCUGCUGAGGGAGCAGUUUGAGGAGGAGCAGGAGGCCAAAGCUGAGCUCCAGCGCAGCAUGUCCAAGGCCAACUCUGAAGUGGCUCAGUGGAGAACCAAGUACGAAACUGAUGCCAUCCAGAGAACAGAGGAGCUGGAAGAAGCAAAGAAAAAGCUUGCUCAGCGUUUGCAGGAUGCUGAGGAAGCUGUUGAGGCUGCAAAUGCCAAAUGCUCCUCCCUGGAGAAAACCAAACACCGGCUUCAGGGGGAGAUUGAGGAUCUCAUGGUGGACGUGGAGAGAUCUAACGCUGCUGCUGCAGCUCUGGACAAGAAACAAAGAAACUUUGAUAAGGUCCUUUCUGAGUGGAAGCAGAAGUACGAGGAGUCUCAGACUGAGCUGGAAGGAGCCCAGAAAGACGCUCGUUCUCUCAGCACUGAACUCUUCAAACUGAAGAACUCCUACGAAGAGUCUUUAGAUCAUCUGGAGACCAUGAAACGAGAAAACAAGAAUCUCCAAGAGGAGAUUUCUGACCUGACUGAGCAACUUGGUGAGGGAGGAAAGAGCAUCCACGAGCUGGAGAAGAUCCGUAAGCAGCUGGAGCAGGAGAAGGCUGAGAUACAAACCGCUCUGGAGGAAGCUGAGGGUUCCCUCGAGCAUGAAGAGGGUAAGAUCCUUCGUGCUCAGCUGGAGUACAACCAGGUGAAGGCCGACAUCGAGCGCAAGCUGGCGGAGAAGGACGAGGAGAUGGAGCAGGCCAAGCGUAACCACCAGAGAGUGGUGGACACUCUGCAGAGCUCCCUGGAGGCCGAGACUCGAAGCAGAAAUGAAGCUCUGAGACUGAAGAAGAAGAUGGAGGGAGAUCUCAAUGAGAUGGAGAUCCAGCUGAGCCAGGCCAACAGGCAGGCAUCAGAGGCCCAGAAGCAGCUCAAAGGAGUCCACACCCACCUGAAGGACUCACAGCUGCAGCUGGACGACGCUCUCCGUGCCAAUGAAGAUCUGAAGGAGAACAUUGCCAUGGUGGAGAGACGUAACAACCUGCUGCAGGCCGAGCUCGAUGAGAUUAGGUCUGUGGUGGAGCAGACUGAGAGAGGUCGCAAGCUGGCUGAGCAGGAGCUGCUGGACGUCAGCGAGAGAGUUCAGCUGCUGCACUCACAGAACACCAGCCUGCUGAACCAGAAGAAGAAGCUGGAGGGUGACACCUCUCAGCUCCAGAAUGAGGUGGAGGAGGCUGUGCAGGAGUGCAGGAAUGCUGAAGAGAAGGCCAAGAAGGCCAUUACCGAUGCAGCCAUGAUGGCAGAGGAGCUGAAGAAGGAGCAGGACACCAGCGCCCACCUGGAGCGGAUGAAGAAGAACAUGGAGCAAACCAUCAAAGACCUGCAGCACCGCCUGGAUGAAGCCGAGCAGAUCGCCAUGAAGGGUGGCAAGAAGCAGAUCCAGAAGCUGGAGGCCAGGGUGAGAGAGCUGGAGAACGAGGUGGACAUGGAGCAAAGGAAAAGCAGCGACUCAGUGAAAGGUGUUCGCAAGUACGAGAGACGCAUCAAAGAGCUGAGCUACCAGACAGAGGAGGACAAAAAGAACAUGAGCCGUCUGCAGGACCUGGUGGACAAACUGCAGCUGAAGGUUAAAUCCUACAAGAGGAGCGCGGAAGAGGCUGAGGAACAGGCCAAUGUCAAUCUCGGCAAGUUGCGCAAGUUACAGCACGAGCUGGAGGAAGCAGAGGAGAGGGCCGACAUCGCCGAGUCGCAGGUCAACAAGCUGAGAGCGAAGAGCCGCGACUCCGGAGCUAAGAAAGCUCACGAUGAGGAGUGAAGCCUUCCACCGAGGCCUCAUGAACACACAGCAGUUAGACGGUAGUGUCGUAGCUUUCCUUUGUUCUCCAUGCAACAUGAGCGGAAUAAAGAAUAAAUGAGUUCUGAAUGCA